AUGUCUGGAUCCUAUCGUGGUUCUUCGGGUCGUGGUGGCUCAAGCCGUGGUGACCUGCCCUACCGAGGUGGCCGAGGUGGUGGUCAAAGUGGUGGCCGUGGUGGUUUUCAAGGUGGUGGAGGUCGCUCCGGUCCUCCCGAUUCUGGUCGAAUGCUCCAGGGAGAUCCACAACCCUCGCAAUCUAGUCACAAAUUCGAGGACCAAUGGAUUGCCGUUUCCAAGGCACCAAGUCGACCCAAAACUGGCGAGAUGGCUACGCGUCCUGCCUAUGGUACCAAGGGAAAGCCCCUGGUCGUGCGUGCCAACUACUUCGAUCUGGAAUUGAAUCCCAAUAUCAAGUUCCACUCCUACAUUGCCAAGAUCACCCCGGAACCGAAGAUCAAGCGACACUUGCUCCAGAUCUGGGACCAUCUCCUUGCGAUUCCAAAAAUUGCCAAAGCUGGUGGUGCAUCAGACAAGGCCGGUGAAUUGGUGACUGUGGGAAGCCUUGGAACAGUGCCUGCCCUUACAGUCAAUAUCCCCGACGGCGAUCGUGAUCCUAAGGUUUACUCGGUCCAACUGACUCUAAACGAUGUGAUCGACCACAAAGGUAUCCUCGGUCGUCUCCGCGAUCUCAAUGAGCGGGGCGGCGUUACCGGCGAGGCUAUUAUGGUUCGGCUCCUGAACAUCCUUAUGGCUGCCUAUCCCGGCAAAGACAGUGGCGUCGUCACUCUGGGCAAGGGUAGUAACAACAAGUUUUACUGGACCGACCGCCGUAAACAGUCCCAAGAGCUUCCCGGUGGUCUGGAGUGCCUCCGUGGUUACUAUGCUAGCGUGCGCCUUGCUGCUGGCCGUAUCCUGCUCAACUUGAGCGUCAACCACAGCGCGUUCUACCGCCCUGGUCCGUUGGAAAAUUUGUGGGAGGCAUUUUUGAAGGUUUAUGGCCCCGAUCGUCUGCUCUUCGGCAGAUACGUCAAGACACUCAGAGUUCAGUGCACCCACCUCAAGGACGACGACGAAAAGAAGGGAAAGGUUCCUCGUGUCAAGACCAUCUGGGGUCUCGCAGAGAGGGAUGAUGGAAAGGACGAACUUCUCAAGCCCGAGGUUCCCGAUUACGGGGCUGACGCUAACAAUGUCAAGUUCUACAUUGAUAAGAGAAAGAUCACCGUCGCCCAGUACUUCAUGGAGAAAUACAACAUUGCUGUGACAGCUGGCUUGCCAGUGGUGAACGUCGGCAACAAAGCUAGACCCGUCUAUCUCCCCAUGGAUGUCUUGAUAAUCCCCGAAGGUCGAGUCUUCCGUGGCGAGCUGAGUACUGGUCAGCGCCAGGGUAUUAUCGGGUUCAGUUGCCGGGUACCCGCACAGAAUUACGACUCGAUCAUGGACCACGGCCUGGAUAUUGUUGGAGCAAAGGGUGACAAAUCAAAGGACCAUGGGAUUAAGAUCGAUCCUAACAUGCUUGCUGUGCCGGCUCGGAUUCUAAGCGCUCCUACCUUGAAGUAUGCAAAGGGAAAGCAGGCACCUGCAGAAGGCCAGUGGAAUCUUGUUGGAAGGAUCUUUAACAAAUGCGCCAAAAUUACACGUUGGGUUGGUGUCGUCUUGUCGACGAGCGCUCCUCCUCCCAGUGAUGCUCUGGUCGAUUUCCAAAAGUUCGCAGAGGGCAUGAAGCGUUGCGGCAUGACGGUGGAAGGCCUGAUGAAGGAUAUUCUCUACGUCAAGCUUGACGCGAGGAAUCAUAGGGACCAUCUCCCAAAGAUCGACAAUAUGUUCACCAAGUUGAAAGGCUUUAAUGUCGACCUUGCUGUCAUUGUCAUGCCCCUGGGGAUGGAUCGGGUCUUCGACCAUAUUAAGUGGCGUGCAGAUACCACCGAGGGUAUUGUGACUCUCUGUUGCAAUACCAGGAAGUUCUUUGUGGACAAGGGCAAGAACAAUGAUCAGUACUGGGCCAACAAUGCCAUGAAGGUCAACCUUCGCUUGGGAGGUGUUAACCAGGCCCUCGACCUGCCUCCAUCAUCAUUGAUUUCGGCAGGGAAGACUAUGGUUGUCGGUCUGGACGUGACCCACCCUUCCCCUACUGAUCCCGAAACGUUCCCCAGCAUUGCUUCCAUCGUCGCCAGCACCGAUAAGACCAUGGGUCAGUGGCCCGGCCAAGUUAAGAUCCAAGAGCGCCGCGUGGAGAACGUUGUUGACUUGGCUGAGCUUAUGAAGGCCCGUCUUCACCGUUGGAAGAAAGAAAACAAGAACGCAUUGCCUGAGAACAUUGUGAUCUUCCGUGAUGGUGUCAGCGAAGGCCAGUACGAAAUGGUUCUGACAGAUGAGCUGGUGAAAGUCAAGAAGGGUUGCUCGGUGCUCUAUUCCGGUAAACAGCCUAACAUCACGAUCCUGGUUGGUGGAAAGCGUCACAAUACCCGAUUUUUCCCCACCAAGCAAGGUGACAUGGAUAGAAAGGCGAACUGCAAGAACGGCCUUGUGGUUGACCGAGUCAUCACCCGCCCUCACCUUUGGGAUUUCUACCUUCAGGCGCAGGCUCCGCUGCAGGGUUCGGCUCGUUCGGCCCACUAUGUCGUUAUUUGGGACGAGAUCUUUAUCAACCCUAACAUGGUCCCUCUGGUUGGCAGGAACCCUGCUGAUGCCAUUCAAGAGCUGACCCACAACAUCUGUUACAUGAUGGGUCGUUGCACUCGCGCUAUCAGCUACAGCACUCCUGCUUUCCUGGCUGAUCGGUUUGCUGAUCGUGCUCGCAAGUAUGUCCGUGCCUAUUACUACGAGCACCAGAUGACCCGUGGAAACGUCCGCCCGCCUGCUCCUGGGGAUGCAGUCACUCGUCUGGCGCCUAACCUCUCGGAGACUAUGGUCUACAUCUAG